AUGGUGAAAGCAUUAGGAGUAUUGAAAGACUUGUCUCGUACUUCUCUAGCGCACCUAUAUCGGUCUUUGUGUAACAACGCAAUAGCAAAUUCGGGAAAUUGGACCGAUUGUGGUGUUCUUCUUCAAGCUUGGGGAUGGUCAAGGAUGACUAAUCUAGCACCUAUCCAACAAAAUAAUUUUGCAUUCCCAUACGCUACAAGGUGGUCUUCACUUGGGAUGAAUUACGACAAUUGUCCCCAUUUCAGUAUCACCCAAUACAGAAAUCUUAUACAUCAUUUGGGACAAGAUGAUUUUAUUUGGCGGCCAUAUCUUGGUCUAGAAGCUAUUCACGAAGUUAACCGACACGACUCUACAGUGUGGAGUGCAAAGGUGUCGAUUAUCAACUUCACAACCGUGGAGAUGCACUACAAUGAUCGUGUAAAGCUUCAGUUUGGAAUGCUUCAAGAUAUUCCAUGUCCGCCGAAAUGCAUCCCCGACAAAUAUCACACCAGUAAAGUCUCCGACCAAUGGGAAUAUUCUCCAUGGACCAAGUAUGCAAAACAUGAGUCUCGUGAAUGGAAGCAUCGCAGCCAUUUUAUUUUGUUCGACACUGUGUUUCCACACGAGAGAAAACAUACUAUCCAAUACAUGAAUUGGUAUAGGGAGGUAUCCAUCGGUUUCAUUUCGCAUCCAAGAUAUCUUGUUGACCCACGCCAAUAA